UGAACACGAAAAUAUUGUUUUUCGUUACACCGGCACAUCGAGACCCUCAACAUGCUGUCUUUUGGAGGCAGCCCCCAAGCGCCUGCACCAAAAUCCGGAGCCACCGAGUCUUAUAACCUGCUAGCUCUCGAUGGAGGAGGGGUACGCGGUAUCUCGAGCAUGGUGAUACUCAAGAAACUCAUGGACCGCAUAAAAGAGAUGGAGAAUGAAAAGGCCAUCCUACAGAACAAACCAAUCAACGAGGAAGAACGAAAACCAGUCGACUAUUUUGACCUCGCCGCAGGAACAAGUACUGGAGGCUUAAUCGCACUGAUGCUGUUCCGUUUGGACAUGAAAUGCAGCGAUGUGAUGGCGGCGUACCAAACUCUGGCCAAGCAAGUCUUCAGCCCCAAACUCGGGUCAAUACCUCUACAUCAGUAUGGGCGCCUCGGCAAGUGGGUUGGCGACAUUUGGCUUGGAAUCAAAGCUUUCACUGGACGAUCCAAGUUCUCGCAUGGACCACUGGAAAAAGCCAUUGACACUGUUGUUGCAACAUUUCCGCUCGACGAUGAAGACAGAGAAUUGAGAGGCAAUGCUUCGCUCCUCAAAGAGAGUCAAGGGCAAAUGUUCAUGUGUGCAACUCUGGCAGACAAAGGAGAAUCAAUCCUGUUACGCAAUUAUGCACCUCCUUUUCCACCUCUUCCGGUCUCUGCAGGAGCCGAAGAUCUCAACCUCAACAAAAUUACCAUCAAGGACGCUGCACGCGCCACCUCGGCCGCUCCAACCUAUUUGAAAGAAGUCGACAUCCAAGGUCUCAAAUUCUGGGAUGGCGGGCUACUCAACAAUAAUCCCAUUGACCAAGUCUGGGAUAACCGGGGCGACUUGGUCUCUCGAGAAGCCCCGAACCCCCCAAUCAAAUGCAUUGUGAGUCUCGGUACCACCCAUCCAGAGCACGAGAGCAGCAAGCGUCCCGGCCGAGGAAUUUCGAGGUUCUUCAACACCAUUUCCAAGACUGUCGCAUUCGUCACCAAUACAGAGGCCAAACAUCGUGACUUUGACCGCAAUAUGCGACAACACAACAGACGCAGGCCAGACGAGUCUACAGCUUACUUCCGCUUUGAUGCACCGACUGGUACCCAGCAAAUUGAUUUGGGAGACUAUCUUCGCAUGCCGAAACUUGUUGAUUACACUGAAGUGUAUCUGAGACGGGAGGAGGUUGAUAAAUCGAUCAGUGAGUGUGCGGAGAUACUUGCGAAGGAGCUUUGAAUAGUGCACAGCGAGAUUGGAGCUCUAUGCAUUGUAG